AAAACAAACAAAUAAGCAAAACAAAAAGGAUCCCAGGGAUGUCCCUAAGGAAAGGCUGGCUUAAAAGGAACUUGGAAGGAAAAGGCUGUCCCCACCUGCCAAAAUGGCUCAGAUUGCUGUGGAAUGCACCUCGCUUUUUUCUUUCCAUCUGCGUUCCUGAGGUGCAACCUCUUGCUGUGCACAUUGAGGAACUGGCUGUCUCUGAUCUCCACCUCCAGCAUUCCUGCUAACCCAUUAAGUCUUUUAAAGCUUCAAAGAACAUUUUCAUAAUGGAUACUUCAUCCAAAGAAAAUAUCCAGUUAUUCUGCAAAAAAUCAUUGCAACCUGUUGGAAGUCCUUCCUUUGAAACAGAGUAUCCUUCCUCAGAGCCAAAAGAACCAUGCUGUGGUGAGCUAAAGAUGUUCCUGGGGGCCUUGUCCUUUGUUUACUUUGCAAAAGCAUUGGCUGAAGGCUAUCUGAAGAGCACCAUCACUCAGAUAGAGAGACGGUUUGAUAUUCCCUCCUCACUGGUGGGAGUGAUUGAUGGUAGUUUUGAAAUUGGGAAUCUCUUAGUUAUAACGUUUGUUAGUUACUUUGGAGCCAAACUUCACAGGCCAAAAAUAAUUGGAGCAGGGUGCCUAAUCAUGGGAGUUGGAACAUUGUUCAUUGCAAUGCCUCAGUUCUUCAUGGAACAGUACAGAUAUGACCGAUACUCUCCUUCGCCCAAUUCCACUCUCAGCAUCUCUCCAUGUCUUCCAGAGUCUAGAAAUCAAUUACCAAUCUCAGCUAUGGAAAAAUCAAAACCUCAAAUAGAUAAAGAAUGUGAAGCUGAUGCCAGCUCCUCCAUGUGGGUUUAUGUUUUCCUGGGAAACCUUCUUCGUGGCCUGGGAGAGACUCCCAUACAGCCUCUAGGCAUUGCCUACCUGGAUGACUUCGCCAGUGAAGACAAUGCACCUUUCUAUAUUGGGUGUGUGCAGACAGUUGCAAUUAUAGGACCAAUCUUUGGCUUCCUGUUAGGCUCAUUAUGUGCCAAACUCUAUGUUGACAUUGGCUUUGUAAACCUAGACCAUGUAACCAUUACCCCGAAGGAUCCCCAGUGGGUAGGUGCCUGGUGGCUUGGCUAUCUGAUAGCAGGAACUGUAAGUCUUCUUGCAGCUGUGCCUUUCUGGUGUUUACCAAAGAAUUUACCAAGACCCCAAAGUAGAGAGGAGUCCAGUUCCUGCUCUGAGAAAUCCAGGUUCAUUGUGGAUGAUCAGGUCAACUACCAAAUAGCUCAUGGAGGAAAAGCAAAAAUGCUGGAAAUGGCAAGAGAUUUUCUUCCAUCUCUGAAGAAUCUUUUGGGGAAUCCAGUAUACUUCUUGUAUCUGUGUGCGAGCACCAUUCAGUUCAACUCUUUAUUUGGCAUGGUGACCUAUAAACCCAAGUACAUCGAGCAGCAGUAUGGGCAGUCAUCCUCCAAAGCCAACUUUGUCAUUGGGCUUAUCAACAUACCAGCAGUAGCCCUUGGAGUAUUCUCUGGGGGAAUAGUAAUGAAAAAAUUCAAAAUCAGUGUGUGUGGAGCUGCAAAACUCUACUUGGGAUCAGCGGUCUUUGGUUACCUCCUGUUCCUUUCCCUGUUUGCACUAGGCUGUGAAAACUUGGAUGUGGCAGGACUGACAGUCUCCUACCAAGGAACCAAACCUGUCUCUUAUCAUGAACGAGCUCUCUUUUCAGAUUGCAACGCAAGAUGCAAAUGUUCAGAGACAAAAUGGGAACCCAUGUGUGGUGAGAAUGGAAUCACAUAUGCAUCACCUUGUCUUGCUGGCUGCCAAACCUCCAAUAGGAGCGGAAAUAAUAUCAUAUUUUAUAACUGCACCUGUGUGGAAAUUGCAACCUCUAAAUCAGGAGAUUCCUCCGGCGUGGUGGGGAGAUGUCAGAAAGACAAUGGAUGUCCCAGAAUGUUUCUGUAUUUUCUUGUAAUUUCAGUGAUCACAUCUUAUACUUUAUCACUAGGUGGCAUACCUGGAUACAUAUUACUUCUGAGGUGCAUUAAGCCACAACUUAAGUCUUUUGCCCUGGGUAUCUACACCUUAGCUGUAAGAGUUCUUGCAGGAAUCCCAGCUCCAGUAUACUUUGGAGUUUUGAUUGACACUUCCUGCCUAAAAUGGGGAUUUAAAAGAUGUGGAAGUAGAGGAUCCUGCAGAUUAUAUGAUUCCAAUUCUUUCAGACACAUAUAUCUGGGAGUAACCAUGAUACUGGGUACAGUGUCCAUUUUUCUAAGCUUUGCAGUGCUUUUCAUUUUAAAGAAAAAAGAUGUUUCAAAACACCGAAGUGUCAUAGCCAAGAGAGAAAGAACAAUGGUGUCUACAAGAUUCACGAAGGAAAAUUCUAUUCCAAGUGACCAUCUGCUUCAGCCCAACUGCUGGCCAGGCAAGGAAACGCAACUCUAGGAAAAUGAUGGCCGGAAGCCAUAUUUCCUAACUUGUUGAAGUUUUGCAAUAUAUUUUGAUGAAAAUGGUUUUAAAAUGUGUAAUAUCUUUCUUCUUUCAAAAAUGUCUAAAUAAUUCUGACUUGAGAUCUUAGAUAAUACACUUGAAAGUAAAUAUAACUAAGUAGAACAAGAUGUGGAUGAUAGAACUAAUUUUAAGCCUUUUAAAUUUAUAUACAAAUUUCUUAUAUUAUUUACUUACCCUGCUUUACUUUGCCUUGUGCCAAUUGAUGUAUUUGUUGUAUUCCUCUUAGAACAACUGUCUCUAUUGUAUGAUGUUAUGUAUAAAGCAAUUUACAACUGAGUUAUUUGUCUAGAGUAAGAGAAUAUGUUUGAAAGAUUAAUUAACAUCUCAGAUUCCAUUGCAUUCAACCCUAAUGACGAUGUUAGACUUGAGUUAGAAUCCGUAGAUGGAGAUUUCAUUUUAAGCUCCUCAUUUCUUUUGAAAUACAAUAAUUAAUAUAGAUAAAUGUAGUGCCAGGUGCUAUUGGGAGUUGAAUUUUUUUUUCUAUUCAUUUAUGUGUGCUAUUUGUAUGACACCUUUAGGGAUAGGGAACUUUUUUCUUCUAGUGAUCAUUUGGAUAUUUAUAAGCUCAUUUGAAGACCACAUAAAGUUAUCAGCUUAAAAAAUUAGCCUACUAUGUAUUUAUUGAACUUUGAGUCCUGCCUGUGGUUGUGUUGGCAAGGCCAGACCAAAUGAUCUUGUGGCCUUAUAUGGCUUGUGGAUUGGACAUUCCCUACCUUUGCAUGUGAACAUGGCUGUAAGUUAAUAAAAUGA